CAGGCUAAUCUGGGAUGACACUUUAUGCACAUGCAUGAAUUAUCUUGUGUUUAACGCAGAUAUUUUGGAGGUCCAUGCUCGCCUGUUUGACCACAGACCCAUACUUCAGGGCCAUCUAAAAGCAUUCAUCAAGGAAUUUGAGGAGAAGAGAGGAAACCAUGAGACAGAAUGCUUGAAAAAGAUACAGUCAUGUGUAGCCGAUGUGAAGGACAAAUACUUGGUGGAGACUGCUACAGCCCUGGACACAUUUCUAGCCAAUAUUCAGGCCAAAAUUUCAGUGGCAACAGAAGUAUGCAAGAAAAUAGAGGAAAAAGAAAACAACGUAGAUGUCGGAGUGCUGGAACUAGAAAGGGGGCGUCGCCGAGAGGCCUGGGACACGUUCAUGCAGCAGCAGUUUCAGAAAAGUGCCCUGGUGGACAAAGAAAUGGACGAAGGGAUGAAAAAACUGACAGACGAGUACGCAGAGUUGGAAAAGAAGCUUGAAUUAGAGUAUCUAUCAUCAUAAAUGUGAAUUCUUAUUUGUCGUUAUGAAAAAUGUGUCUUAUUUCAGUCCUCUAUGGUGACUUAAUCAUUCCAGAUUAGUUUUAAAAGGUGUGCAUAACAAUUGUUGAAUUUAUUUGUGGAUGAUUAAGUGUUUUGGUUGACGUACCAUAGGACUUGUUAAGUAUAUUCCCAUGUUUGCAUUGUUUUUAACUGCUUAAAUACAUUGAUAUAAUUUUAAGCACCAAAUGACUUUAACUCAUGUGAAAACAGGGCUUAUUGCAUGUGCGUAAAAUGUCCCAGAUUAGCCUGUGC